AUGAGAAGCUUUGGGAAUUUGGGGCAAUUGCCUCUACUAGCAUUUGCUUUGGCAAUUUGCUUUGUAGCCAGCACUGUUGUUGCUGAUUACUCUUAUGGCUAUACUUCUCCUUCAACUUCUUACACCUCUAAGAAGUACUACAAAUCACCAUCUCCAUCUCCAUACUACAAGAAACCGGAGAAACAUGCUGAACAUUCUCCGUCACACUAUUACAAGUCCCCUACUCCUUCAAAGCACUACUACAAAUCACCGGUAGUAGUAAAGUAUUACAAAUCACCGGCUCCUUCAAAGAAAUACUACAAGUCGCCUUCCCCUUCAAAGUACUAUUACAAGUCGCAUGCCCCUUCUAAGAAGUACUACAAGUCACCAUCCCCUUCAAAGAAGUACUACAAAUCUCCAUCGCCUGCAAAAUACUACAAGUCGCCUGCUCCAUCAAACAACUAUUACUACAAGUCACCAUCCCCUGUAAAGUACUACAAAUCUCCUUCGCCUGCAAAAUACUACAAGUCGCCUGCUCCAUCAAACAACUAUUACUACAAGUCACCAUCCCCUGUAAAGUACUACAAAUCUCCAUCGCCUGCAAAAUACUACAAGUCGCCUGCUCCAUCAAAGAACUAUUACUACAAGUCACCAUCCCCUGUAAAGUACUACAAAUCUCCAUCGCCUGCAAAAUACUACAAGUCGCCUGCUCCAUCAAAGAACUAUUACUACAAGUCACCAUCCCCUGUAAAGUACUACAAAUCUCCAUCGCCAGCAAAAUACUACAAGUCACCUGCUCCAUCAAAGCAUUAUUACUAUAAGUCACCAUCCCCAUCACAAUAUUACAAAUCACCCGCUCCUUCUAAGUACUAUAAAUCGCCACCACCACCAACAUAUUACAAGUCACCAGUUUAUUACAAGUCCCCUCCCCCUCCACCAUACUACAAAGAAUCUACCCCUUACUACAAGUCUCCUCCUCCUCCUCCAUACUACAAAGAAUCUACCCCUUACUAUAAGUCCCCUCCACCACCCCCAUACUACAAAGAAUCUACCCCUUACUACAAAAUCUCCCCCUUACUACAAGUCCCCUCCAAAUCACCUCCACCUCCCCCAUACUACAAGGAAUCUACACCUUCAUAUAAAUCUCCUCCACCUCCACCAUACUACAAAGAAUCUACACCUUACUACAAGUCCCCUCCCCCUCCCCCGUACUACAAAGAAUCAACCUCUUCCUACAAAUCCCCACCACCUCCCCCAUACUACAAAGAAUCUACGCCUUCCUACAAGUCCCCACCACCUCCCCCAUACUACAAAGAAUCUACCCCUUACUACAAGUCUCCACCACCUCCCCCAUACUACAAAGAAUCUACCCCUUCCUAUAAGUCCCCUCCACCUCCCCCAUACUACAAAGAAUCUCCCCCUUACUACAAGUCCCCUCCACCUCCCCCAUACUACAAAGAAUCUCCCCCUUACUACAAGUCCCCUCCACCUCCCCCAUACUACAAAGAAUCUCCCCCUUACUACAAGUCCCCUCCACCUCCCCCAUACUACAAAGAAUCUCCCCCUUACUACAAGUCCCCUCCACCUCCCCCAUACUACAAAGAAUCUCCCCCUUACUACAAGUCCCCUCCACCUCCCCCAUACUACAAAGAAUCUACCCCUUACUACAAGUCCCCUCCACCUCCCCCAUACUACAAAGAAUCUACCCCUUACUACAAGUCCCCUCCACCUCCCCCAUACUACCCCUCCACCAAAGUACUAUGA